CGCUGCUGGUUCGCCUUGGUUCGGCCGCCGCCGCCGCCGCCGCCGCCCAGCAGGGAGGCUGGAGGAAAUGGGUAGCCGCAUCCCGCCCGCCCCCAGUGCCGAUGUGAAUUAUUGAAAAGGAAAAUGGCACAACGAAGCACUGUACUUCCUUCUCUUGUCACCGAGGAAAGGCGAGUUAGAACCAUGCCACGACAUAGCCAGUCUUUGAGUGUGGCUCCAUAUUCAUCUGCAAGCCUAGUCGAGCAGUUGGAAGAUAGAAUUCUGUGCCAUGAGAAAACAACUGCAGCACUCGUGGAACAUGCUUUUCGUAUAAAAGAUGACAUUGUUAACAGUUUGCAGAAAAUGCAAAAUAAAGGUGGAGGAGAUCGCUUGGCUAGACUGUUCUUAGAAGAGCACAUCAGAAAUAUCACGGCAAUAGUGAAACAGCUUAAUCGUGAUAUUGAGGUCCUACAAGAACAGAUACGUGCCAGGGAUAACAUCAGUUAUGGAACAAAUUCUGCCUUAAAGAGUCUGGAGAUGCGCCAACUUUCUGGUUUGGGAGAUCUUCGAGGAAGAGUAGCAAGGUGUGAUGCUAGCAUAGCUAGACUGUCUGCAGAGCAUAAAACAACAUAUGAAGGCCUUCAGCACUUGAACAAAGAACAGCAGGCUGCCAAACUUAUUUUGGAAACUAAAAUCAAAGAUGCAGAAGGACAGAUUUCUCAGCUUUUAAGCAGAGUAGACCUGUCAAUAUCAGAGCAAAGCACAAAGCUGAAAAUGACCCACAGAGAUAGCAACCAUCAGCUUCACCUUUUGGACAUUAAAUUUAAAGGUACAGUGGAAGAACUUAGCAGCCAGAUUUUGUCUGCACGGAAUUGGUUGCAACAGGAGCAAGAACGGAUAGAAAAAGAACUUUUGCAGAAAAUUGAUCAACUUGCCUUGGUUGUUAAGGAAAAUAGUGAAAUCAGUGAAAGGACCAUGGAGAAAAAGUUCAGUCAGAUGUCAGCAAAGCUUGAUAAAAUAGAAGAGAUACAGAAGAAAAACAUGGAAGCACAGAGACUGAAAUCUGAUGAUGAGAAGAUCAAUAUCCGGAUCAGUAAGAUUGAAUUGCAGAUGAAUGAAGAGAUGAAAGAAAUGAAAGCAGAAGUCAAUGCUGGGUUUGCUGCCAUCUAUGAAAGCAUAGGAUCACUCAGACAAGUUCUUGAAGCCAAAAUGAAACUUGAUAAAGACCAGAUACAGAAGCAAAUCCAUCAGCUAAAGAAACAAGAGGCUCCCAUGUAAAGAGAUUUGGGACAGUGAUGAUCUAAAAGAAGAGCUUGUUAGUGGGGCUAGGAGCCUGGAUGUUUGUCAGUAUGGUUUGCUCUCCCGAGGAUGUGCAUGUAUGAAACAACGUGUCAUGGGCCUAAAUUUUUAACUUGCGUUGUGAAGACAAUCUUUAGGUAAGAAGAGUAAGUACAUUUUUUAUAACUUAAUUUCACUUAUGAAUAUAAAUUCUAUGGAAUUUGUUCCAUUUUGGAAAGGCUUUUAUUCAUUUUAAGAUUGAAAACUCUUCAAAAUAUUUUUCUUCUGUGAAUUAAAAUUUUAAAUUAUUAUGGUAACACUUUAAGACUGUUUAGCAUUUUUAAAAUGUCAGUAUGGAGGUUUAUGUUAGUAAGCUAAUGAAUUUGUUAGAGCAGUUGUUAUGCAAAAGAUUUCUCUUGACAGAAGAGAUAAUUCAAUGUUUAAGUCCAUGUUUGGAUUUUAUUGUUGUCUCUACAUUCCCUGCUUUGUUUCCUUCCUUUAAUUCUUCUUUCCCUUUCCCUUGGACUUUCAUGACAAUUUGAGUUUUAAUUUAAAAAAAUUGCAAUUUAUUCUAUUUGGAUUCAAUACUACUGGAAUCCAAUUCAAACGGUAUAAGGGAUUCAUAAUGCUUCUUCAACUGCCAUAUUAGUAUCUGUUUGAAAAUCAAGUAGACAAUCAAGAUAAUUUUCUGGAAAAUGCAGAGCCAAACAUUUCUUGAAUUAUCUGGAUAUUUCAGAUGCCUAAAACAAAACAUGAGUUACCUGAAUAUUUUUUGGCUCUCCACAGCUUGUAUGAUGAGAACCUUAUUCUUUAUAAUGGAAUUAUGGCUCACGAUAAGCUGUUUAUGCAGAAUUCCACAUUAACUACAAUAUGAUAUGAAGGUUUUUGAGAAUUUUUAUGAACCAUUUCCUAAAUGUUUCGAAAAUGAAACUUAAAAAUCUAGAAAAAUACUUUGUAUAUUAUAAUAAUUAUUGUAAGUAUAUUAUUGUGCCUUGUUUUUGUUACGUCGAUGCAUUGUACACUGAAGGUUUUGCUGACAAAAUAGAAGGCAUGAUAAUUCAAAAAUGUGAUGUAAAAAUGAGAUGCUAUGUAUUUUAAUUGUAUAAUGUACUAGAAAUUUUAUCAUUGUUAAAAUAUGAUACUUCAGUAUAUUCUUUAAUGAAAUAAAUAAUUCAUACUUUUGUAUGGACAGGGAUUCAAGCUAGCAUUGAAUUUAUAACAUUGUUAAGAUAUUUUCAUCCAGAUGAAUGAAUUUUUAUGUUUUAGGUGUAUUAUUUUCAAUUGCUACAUUUAAUUAUAAAUUGAAAAUUAACACCUAUGUUGUAAUCUAAUCUAGAUGCUUAUAAGUCUAUGGAUGUAAGAUCUAUACUGAGAAAACCGUUCUAAACUGUGAGGGUGCUGUAGAAAAAAAUAAAAAUAGGGAUUAUUUUAAAUUUUUUGUUACUUUAUUUUAUUUUAUUUUAUUUUUUUGCUAAGGACUCAGGAAAAGAAGCACCUUCUGUUUUUAAGAUUAGUCAUAAGUGAAUCAUUUAACUGGCUACUACUGUUUGUACUUGUAAAAUAUGCUACUAAAACACAUAACAUUUUUUCCUCCUUGCCUCGGCAAAGAUUAAAAUAGCCCCUAGCAUUAGAUAGAUGACAUUAGUAGUUGUAAACAUUUGGCCACCAACCUAUAUUUUCUUUACUUUGAUUCCAGCCUCUAAACGAAUGUCUAUGGCUGUGGCAGCUCUCUCCUCUACAAACCACCAGAAUUGUUUCUCCUGUUGAGGUAGAAACCAAUCCUAGUAGAGCCCUUGGGUCCUCUCUAAUAGGCACAUGGUGAUUGGGAGCAACUGGCUGGGAUGUGGUGAGGGAUGCUGUAGUGGUUCCUUCUCUCCUCUGGGGUGACAGGGUAUGUGAGGUCUUCCUUCUCAGGCUUGUCUGAGCAGGAUGGUUGGAGUACGUGUAAGUUGGCCAGACACACGACAAGGAUCUUGUGACACCCUGGAGUCCAGGAUCCUAUGCCCAUGGUUCUUUUCAUAUCCUUGGAUCCAGGAUACAGGCAUGGGAUUGAGCAUCUGGGGAAAUGGGUUAGUUUGUUAGGGCUUCAUUCGGGGCGGCACAGCUUUACAUAUACAUAUGCUAAGCAAGGAGAAAAAACGCCAGUCGCUACAAAGAAAACAAUAUUCUUUGAAAGUAUGAAAUUAUUUUAUCUCUUUGGCAUCAAAGUCAUUUAGACCAAUUCCCUUUCAAGCCAGGUACACAGGAUAAAUGGUGAUGGGAGCUUUGUCUUUCCUUAGCUGUUGAUCUGUCCGUUCCUGAGGAGGGAGCAUCAGUAUCCAUGAACUUCUUUAAAAGAAGUGGUGAAUACCAAAUGAGGUUCUUAAUGAAGGAGAGACCACAUGAAAGCAGAUGAUUAUCAGCUGUGUGCUGAAUUUCUCAGGUGCUUCUGAUAUCAUGGUCCUUCAUGUAAUGAACUAUAUUGUAUUCUUAUCACCAAAGUUUAAAUGUAAAACAUCUCCAAUGUUAUUUUCCUUUUCCAGAAAUUUGUAAUAAACAGUGCCAUAAAAACCCCACAUGUAAAUUCUACGUAUGGUUUUA